CGGGUCGCGGUAUAAAAGGAACUUACGCGGCGCAGAACAGCCCGGGUCACCCACACCAGCGGUAGUUCGAACAGCGAGCCAGGACCAGCUGCAGAACCAGUUAACCUUGCCACAGUUUGCCAAUCUGCAACCAUGCCUUUUGGAAAUACUCACAACAAAUGGAAGCUGAACUACUCAGCAGAGGAAGAAUUCCCCGAUCUCAAGCAUCACAACAACCACAUGGCCAAGGCUUUGACCCUGGACGUCUACAAACAACUUCGGGACAAGGAAACCCCAAGUGGCUUCACGCUUGAUGAUGUCAUCCAGACUGGCGUGGACAACCCAGGUCAUCCCUUCAUCAUGACCGUGGGCUGUGUUGCUGGUGAUGAGGAGUCCUAUGAGGUCUUCAAGGCGCUGUUCGAUCCUGUCAUUGAGGACCGCCACGGUGGCUACAAACCAACUGACAAGCACAAGACUGACCUGAACAAUGAGAAUCUGAAGGGUGGAGAUGACCUCGACUCCAACUACGUCCUGAGUAGCCGUGUCCGCACUGGCCGCAGUAUCAAGGGCAUCGCGCUGCCGCCUCACUGCAGCCGUGGGGAGCGACGCCUCGUCGAGAAGCUCUGCAUCGAGGGUCUUGCCACCUUGACUGGUGAGUUCCAGGGCAAAUAUUACCCCCUCUCCACCAUGUCUGACGCAGAGCAGCAGCAGCUGAUCGAUGACCACUUCCUGUUGACCAAGCCCGGUCUCUCCCCUGCUGCGCCCUCUGGUAUGGCUCGGGACUGGCCUGACGGCAGGGGCAUUUGGCAUAACAAUGACAAGACAUUCUUGGUCUGGGUCAAUGAAGAGGACCACCUCCGUGUCAUCUCCAUGCAGAAAGGCGGCAACAUGAAGGAGGUCUUCAGACGCUUCUGCGUUGGUCUGAAGAAGGUGGACGAGGAAAUUUUCAUAAAGGCUGGCCGUUGGCUCAUGUGGAACGAGCAUCUCGGAUGUCUGACCUGCCCCAUCCAACUUGGCACCGGACUCCGUGGUGGCGUCCACGUGAAGAUCCCCAACUUGUGCAAGCACGAGAAAUUCGACGAGGUCCUCAAGAGAACAAGGCUGCAGAAGCGUGGCACAGGUGGAGUUGACACUGCGGCCGUGGGCAGUGUGUACGACAUCUCCAACGCUGACCGUCUGGGCUUCUCAGAGGUGGAGCAGGUCCAGAUGGUGGUGGAUGGCGUUAAGCUGAUGAUCGAGAUGGAGAAGAGGCUGGAGAAGGGAAAGAGCAUCGACGACCUGAUGCCAGCCCAGAAGUAGACCAGAGGUGGAUUGGAGAGCCGCCGCGCUGAGCUGCCUUGGAAUAUCACAGGUUGCGAACUUUGAACUUUGGAGUUUCUCGCUCCAAUCUUUCCUCGGCCACAGCUCUCGUGCCUCGCGUGAGGAUUCCAUCUCGGAGGAAGCGGAAGAUUGGUUUCAUCACGUUAGAUUACUAGACACCUUCUAACCUUGAUGGCACAUU